AUGUCGACUUCCUCCAUUUGCACACCACGAAGGGAUGGGACCUAUGCUUGUCAACGUUGCAACCAAGUCUUCUCCUCCCUCAUGGCGGUGUUGGGACACCAAAAUGCCCACAGGGAGGGGCGGCCGGCAAAACGGCAGAGGAGGGCUGAAACCCACCAUCAAAAUCCUUUAUCCAUGACCCGAAGUGGAUCGGUCAACCCUUUUUCUCGGCUAUCCGCGACUAAUCCGCCAGGGACAAUAGUGGGAUCAUCUCACUCUUUUUUAUCUCGUCUUCCAUCAGCCACUCCAGUUCCGCCUCCAAUUCCGCCUGCAUCAGCAGUUCUCAUUUCUUUUGGACCGGUCCCGGGGUAUCAUCAUCUUGUAACUGCCUCUCCAGCUCCUUCUCCACCAGCCCCUCUGCAGACUCCUACCAUUGGAAGUAACAGACUCUUUCAAGUUCCCGACUUAUUAGGGUCUUCUGUUGCACCCGCUGCUCCCCCGCUUGGAUCAAGCAGCAGUCAUCCUAUAGUGCUUGAUAACGACAAUGAGGAUGAAGAAGAGAAUGCACUAGACCUAGAUCUUAAGCUCUAG